AUGAACUCAGGCAGUGAUUUAGAGUUAGACGAUGAGAAUAACGACACUAUUUCGCAAAAUCAAGAGCUGGGACAAGUUAUGGAUAUCAACCUGUCCUCGUGGAAUGAGUUCUACCCGACAGACUCAGCCACUGCAAGCAAUAUUUCCACAGACAAGGAGGCCUUGAUCUUAUUCAAGUCGGGGGUCAAUCUCCCUCCAUCUUUCUGGGACCAAAACUCAUCCCCCUGCUCCAACUGGACUGGUGUUGCAUGCAACCAAAUUGGGCAGACUCAGAGAGUUGUUUCUCUUAAUCUUUCAGGCUUGGAACUUGCAGGGACCAUAAACUCCCAUGUUGAAGAUUUGGAAGUGUGUGACCAAUAUUGCUUGAAAGAGCUGCAAAUGCUUGGUUUAGCAAGAAACAAGAUGUCUGGCCCAAUACCGAACUCCCUAGGUAAUCUCAGAAAGUUGAACCACAUUGAUUUAUCUGGAAAUUACUUUGUUGGCCAUGUACCCCCUACUUUUGCAAGCAUUGAGAGAUUGCUUUCCAUGGACUUAUCAAACAAUUUGCUCAAUGGAACAAUUCCAAGAGAAAUUCUAAACCUCUCUAGUUUGAGCACCAUUCUGAAUUUGUCUAACAACUUUCUAAGUGGACCUUUGCCUGAAAUUGGUUUACUACAAAAUGUUGUCACUGUAGACCUCUCUGACAAUGCCUUAUCUGGAUCCAUUCCCAGCUCAUUUGAAAAAUGUACAAGCUUGGAGGAGUUGUUCAUGGCCAGAAAUACACUCUCUGGUUCUCUUCCAAAUGCCCUGGCAGAAAUGAGAGGUCUUGAGAUUCUAGACCUCUCCUCAAACCAGCUCUCUGGGUCCAUUCCUGAUGAACUUAAAGAGCUACGUGCCCUUAGCUACUUGAACCUCUCCUUUAAUCACUUGGAAGGAGUAAUUCCCAAUGGCGGAGUAUUUGUUAAAAAUACCUCUAAUGUCCAUCUAGAAGGCAACCCAAAACUUUGCCGGCACUUACCAUGUGGGAAGAGUGGCAAUCAGAGGAGAAAAGUACUGGUCCUAGUACUCAUCAUUGCUGCUGCUUUGGUUACACUAGCAGUAUGUACUGUGGUUGGUUGUUUGCUUUAUGUUAAGAAACACAAAGGCUCCGGCUACGAAGCAACAAGUAGAGAAACUACUUCUUCUGACUUAUUAAAUGGGAAGCAUCAAAUGGUCACAUAUGAAGAGCUACGUGUGGCAACUGGUAAUUUCAACCAGGAAAACUUGAUUGGAAGUGGGGGCUUUGGGUUUGUGUAUAAAGGGUAUUUAAGAGAAGGAAUUGAAGUCGCAGUGAAAGUGCUUGAUGUACAAAUUAAAGGCUCCUGGAAGAGCUUUUUGGCGGAGUGCGAGGCGCUGAGGAGUGUGAGGCACAGAAAUCUUGUUAAGGUGAUCAUAACAUGCUCUAGCUUGGACUUCAAGAACAUGGAGUUUCUGGCUUUGGUUUAUGAGUAUCUGAGUAAUGGGAGCUUGGAAGACUGGAUAAACGGCAAGAGAAAAAAUGCAGAUGGAGAUGGAUUGAACAUUGUGGAGAGACUGAAUGUGGCCAUUGAUGUUGCUUAUGGAUUGGACUAUUUGCGUCAUGAUUGUGAAGUUCCAGUGGUGCACUGUGAUUUAAAGCCCAGUAACAUUCUCUUGGACACAGAUAUGACCGCAAAGAUUGGAGAUUUUGGGUUAGCUAAAUUGCUGAUGGAGAGAACAAUGAGCACUCAACAUUCCCUUAGCUCCACAAAUUUCCUGAAGGGUUCUAUUGGAUACAUACCCCCAGAGUAUGGGUUUGGACAAAAACCAUCGACAGCAGGAGAUGCAUACAGUUUUGGUGGAAUGCUGUUGGAGCUCUCUACUGGGAAAAGCCCAACCCAUGAAAGAUUCACAGGGGACCAAAACCUCAUCAGAUGGGUGCAGGCAAGUUUCCCUCACAACAUGACCAAAGUGAUAGACUCUCAGAUGCUAGACCUCAUGCACUAUCAGCCCAAUGAAGACCCAAGAACCAUCCCAGAACUAGAACGUAAUUGCUUGAUCUCAAUUCUGGAGGUUGGCCUCUCUUGCAGUUGUGCCUCGCCUGAUGCCCGCAUUAGCCUGAGGGAAGCCCUUUAG